ACCAGCCUGGCCUCGACGAAUGACCGGCCAGAACGGCCUUCUUUGGACGUGAUGGCUCUUGCAGCCCGCGUCCUGGUCUGUCCUGCUGGCCAAUCUGCGGCGGGGAAUCCGUCUCGCUCGCCUCCUCACGGGUGCACCCCUAUCACCAUCUGCGGUUGAACGGUCGUCCCUCAACACUGUCCCUGCGGGAGUUGUCACAUCGCGCUUUGCUCUGUGACUCGUCCAGACGGCCUGCUUUCCCCGCUGCAUGGCGGUCGUGAGCGCCAUUGCAGGAACCGGUCAUGCCUCUGUCUCGACUCAAAAAGUCCUGUCAGCCCUCCUGGCGCUGGAGGCUUGCUUUCAUGAUGAUCAUUCCUGCAGUGCUGGAUCGCUCGCCGUGAUUGUGAACCUCUUGAUGAGAUUCUAGUCGAGGUUACUCAAUCUCUCUUACCUGUGGCACACCUUUGUUCGAUCCUUCUGCUCCUCUUCUCCUGCUCCCCUCCACCUCACCUUCACAAUGAGAACCUUCACAGACUCGAUAUCCCAGUGGACGGCAGUCCUCAUGCUGCUCUAUCUGAGCCUGGUCAAUGCUCACUCCAUCAUUACCUACCCCGGAUAUCGAGGCAAUAAUCUACAUACCAACGGCACGGUCGAGGAGACGAACGGUCUGGGAGUCGGAUAUGAGAAUGGCUCCUACGUCUACCCCUAUGGAAUGCAAUGGAUCUACCCUUGCGGUGGUAUGCCCACCUCCCGCAAUCGCACCAAAUGGCCCGUCACCGGCGGUGCCGUCGCCUUGCAACCGGGGUGGUUCCAGGGCCACUCGACGGCCUUCAUCUACAUCAACAUCGGCUGGGGCACCAUCCCUCCCAACAUGAGCAAUCCCAUGGUCUCUGUCUUCGAAAUCACUGGCCCCACCAACAACCCUUAUCCCGGCACCAUCUGUCUGCCGCAAGUGCCCCUGCCUGCCAACAUGACCGUCAGCCCCGGUGACAAUGCCACCAUCCAGAUUGUUGAGGCUGCCAAGCAUGGUGCUGCUCUGUUCGAUUGUGUGGACAUCACUUUCGCCGAGCCCGAAGACGUCGAGGAGGUCACGAAAGAUAACUGCUUCAACUCCACGGACAUUGGCUUCCGAUACGUCUUCGCCUCGCAGUCGCUGACCUCUGGGGCAGUGUCCCGGAUGACCAGUCCGGGCCUGACGGCCGUAGUGCCGAUUCUGUUGAUUGUGGUGCUGGGAUCCCUUAUGAUGUAGAUGCAUGUCUUUUUUGUUCCGUCCAUAACAAAUACCCCUUGUCUCUGUCUCUCCUUAGUUAUCAUACCC